AUGAAGAAUGAGGAAGAACAGAGUGAAGAAGAUGGAGGAGAGAUGAAAAAAGAUUAUGGAGGAGAACAGAGGGUUGGAGAGGAAGAAGAAAGAAGACAGGAGGAAAAAGAGAGGAGGGAAGAACAGGAAGAAAUGCGAAGGAUGGAGCAGGAAGAGGAGAAAAGAAUACAAAGGGGAGAAGAGAAGAAGGAAGAAAAUGGAAAAGUAUUUAAGAGGAAGGAUAAAGGGAAAGCACAAGAGGAGAGAGAAAGGGAUGAAGAGAAGAGAGGAGAGAGGAGGAGGGUAGUUGUGAAUAGAAGGGAAGAGUGGAGUGGAGUGUGGAGACAAAAGGUGUUUGAAAGGAAUCAGGAGUACAAAAGAGAAGAGGGGACAACCAGAAGUGAUAGGAGGGAGGAGGGAUAUAGAGAUAAAGAAAAGGAAGGAUGGAAGAAGGAAGAAGAAAGAGGUGCAAAGAGCAAAGAGGUGGAAAGAUGGAAGAGGACAGAAGAUAAAAGUGAAAGAAGGCAGGAAAGGAAGGAAGAAGAGAGAGGAGUUAGAAGGAUAGAGGAGGAAGAACAAGAAGAAAAAGAAGAGAAAAAGAAAGGAAGAAGAGAAGAAAGAUGGGAUAAGAGUAGAGAAAAGGAGAGGAGGCUGGAUAUAGGAUGA